UCCACACCGGAAGGUGACAUUGGUGGACCGGCGGGCGGCUCGGCUCGGCCUGGCCGGUGGCGUCAUGCUCGGGGCUCUGGGCCGCACCGGGGGCGGCCUGGUCCGGAUCCUCCGCGCCAGAGACGUGAGGCGAGCGGCCGGGCUCCGGCACGCGGGGGGCGAGCCCUGCUACCGGCAGUUGCCGAAGGUCACCCGCCGGCAGGUGAUCCACAGCGAGCUCCUCAGCGGCUUCAUGUGGUUCUGGAUCUUGUGGCACUUCUGGCACAGCCCGGGCUCGGUGCUGGGUCACUUUCCUUACCCAGAUUCUUCGGAAUGGACAGAUGAGGAAUUGGGGAUCCCUCCUGAUGAUGAAGAAUAGAUUUACAGCUCAGCUACCAAUGUGCCCUGUGGUGGGAUCUCUGGAGAAGUUGAAGCUUUGGCUCUUGUAUAACUGUUUCAGCAAAUCCAUAUGGUAAAUAAAAACUCAAGUUACAA